AUGUCACGUCAGGGUAGCCGACACACGACACCGUCACCAUCUCCUCGUGGGAUGUCCGACGAAUUCUUUCCUGUUCAGAUGCGUCCAUCAACCCCUCGCCUUGUCGAAACUCCAAUCGGUAGUCAUUGCCGAAAUUGUCUUCAAUACAUUGAACACAUCAAACAAUUAGAGAAAUACAUCGAUCGCGUGCAUGAAGAGAAUCGCAAUCUCGUUUCCACCAAUAAAACGAUUCGUGAGACUUAUGGGAAAUUAUAUUCAAAGGCUGAACAAGAAGAGGAGUACAUCUCGAACGUGUUGCUCAAAAGGAUUCAAAAGCUGAAAGCUGAAAAGGAAGUGAUUGCACAGAAAUAUGAGCAAGAGGAGGAGAGGAUUGCAAUCAAUUUGAUGAAGAAGAUGCAGGAUGUGCAAGCUGAGCGUGAUUCUAUGCAACAAGAGAUGAAGAAAGAGCAUGCAGAAGUGAUCGACAGUUUGAUGAAAACUGUACGAAAAACGGAGACCGAAUUGGAACAAACUCGCAAGACAUUGGAUCGAAUGCGUAAAGAGAAAAUUGAUCAAGAGAAUGCUUUGGAGACAGAGCAAGAAAUGCUGUACAAUACACUUGGGAAACAAAUGGAACAUUUGAAUAACGAUAAAAAACGAAUGGAACGAAUCAUUAAUGCAGCUUAUCAACGCGGCUUUGUUGACCCAGAAGUUAUCAACAUUACACCACCAUCUAGCUCUGAAAUGAUUGCCAUUGUAAAUCCCCUUCCUGAGCGUCCGAUGCCAGCUAUUUCGCCUGAUACUCGUGGAAAUGAGCUUCGAGUCACUCGUCACAACCUUCGCGUUGUUCAACAACAACUCCAAGAGUAUCAACAAGCAGAGAUUGCAAAAGACAAUCAAAUCCGCUUGCUUCAGGAUACAAUUGCUGGGUUGAUUAAGGAGAAAGAGGACUAUUGCAGAGUACUAGAUGAUAUGAAACGCUCGUUCAAUGAUCGAUUUGAUCAAUGUUUAGCUGCUUCAUCAGCCGUUACACCAUUCCGAAUGGAGCCACACGAUGUUCGCGAGUCGUCGAUGGGUCCUCCAUCAGUCCCACAAACUCCUCGACCAAUACACGAUUCAGUAUCGGACAUGGAUGACGCGUCUUCUCGUGGUUCUCAUCGAGAUGAA